AUGGCUGCCGACCUGUCUGUACCGCUUAAUGAGCUGAUCUCGACCAAGCUCGGCGCCCUCUCGCUGCGGGACGACGAGGAGAUGGUCGACUUCGUGAAGGGGUUGGUUGAGGAGGAGUCGUUCGAGCCAGAGGACCGGAAGAGCGCCAUCCUGGGCAUGUUGGAGGCAGACGAGGAGGACGGAACGACGUCGGGUGCGGUCGACGAGCUGCUAGGCGCGACGACCGCGUACCAAGACGCUGUUGCCGCGAAACGACGAGAAGAGCGGGAGGCGAAAGCUCCAGCGAAGGCGGAAGAACAGGCGAAGAAGCCGCUGACGCCGGAGGAGGAAGCGAAACGGAAGGCGGAGCUGCUGAAAGCCUACGGCUACAUGGAAGAAGAGACGGAGGCAGAGCGGUUAGAGCGGGAGGAGGCUGAGCGACAGAUGCAGCCGGAUAAGGCGUACAAGGACCCGUCGCAGAUGAGCCGGAAGCAGCGGAAAAAGGCGCUUGAGGGUGUCGAUUUGCUUGCGCUUCCCAACCUGAACAAGCAUCACGUGCAAGAGCAGGAGCGGCAACGACGAGAGGCUUCUUCAAAAGCAGCGCAGGCCAAGAAGGCGAAGGACGAUGCAGACCGACGAAAGCAGAAGGAGGACGCAGCGAAGAAGCUGGAGGAGAAGCGGAAGCGGGCGCAGAAGGUCGAGCGGAAAGGCUGA